AUGGCUAGUGCAGAUUUUAGAAAGGAUGUGUCUAUGCCUGUACGCCCAAGGAGCGUGUACACAGCACAUUCUUAUAAUCAGGAGGAGUCAAACUUGUCCGCUUUCCAAGACUACAGUAAAUUCCUCGAAGGUGGGUUGGGUCAAGCGGAGUUGGGCGGUGCGGCCGGCUGGCAGCCGCCAUGGCGCGCACCCCUGCAGCGCAAAGCCCCAUUCUACCCCGGAGACGACAUCUACCACGCUGACACCUGGCGAGACCUCGAGGUUACUGACGUCGUUGGAGGCGCUGGCUACAACGCUUCUGUGACCCCGCACGGCACUAUUUGUCUCAGGCUGAGGGAGCGUGUCAAGGUCGAUAUGACAAUCGACGGCGCCGUGCGUGUGACCAACGCGAAGAACAACAUUAUAUUGGCGUUGUCCCGCUCGGGCGCCGCGGCCGCCCUCAUCCACCCCAACGGCAGGGUCUACCACUACGGCUCCCGCGUCGAGAUCCAAGCCCGCCAUCAACAGGGCAAUAACAAGUAUGCGAAGAUGUGGUACAAGGGCGUGUCGUUUACGGCGGAGCAGUGCGCGCUGGUGUACUUGGUGGACGCGGCCGGUACUCGCACCACCACCGACACCUUCCUCGACAUGAGCCAGGACUUCACCCUCAACGUCUUCUACAAUGAGUCGCGGCACGGGCCGUCGUACGUGAACGAAGCGUUGUCGUUGCUGCAAGCAGCACAGUACUGGCUGACUGACGACGGCAUCGACAACUGGAUCAUCAACAACGUCCGCGUCAGCCAGACCGCCGAUGGACUUGUUAGGAUCCACCGCUGCAGCCACAAGUACCAGUUGCGUACGAGCCCCAGCAACGGGUCUGCUUCCAUCACCAGCCCUUUCCUGCACUGCACGGCGUCUCUGGGACAGACGCAGCACCUCUUCGUGCGACGAGGGGAACGGCGGAUGCAUUUCGACGGUAACUCAUUCAUAGUGCGCAACGCCGGGCAUUCGGCUGGCUUCGACGACAAGAACCAGCUGAAGGUGUACUGA